AUGAGCGGCAUGACCAGUCAACCAAGUAUGGGUGCUAUUGUUGCUAGUCUUCAAGGAACCCAAUACGACACAGGACUCAACCUGGACGCAAUCUCGCAGUAUUCGGCUUACUGGGAAUUGGCUCGUCAACUGUACGCUCCAUUCGAAUGCGCUACUACCAUGAAGAGCGGAAAUGCUGAUGUAUAUAAGCACGAAAUUCCUGGAGGACAAUAUACCAACUUGCAGUUCCAGGUUCGGUCGAUUUGCAUUUCAGCCCAUGAUUUUGGAAAGUGGAUCUGA